CCUUCAGAUAGACCACCCGUGUGCAGCGCAGACACUGAAGCAGACUGGACUUUUAUCUGAACCUUUCCAAUAUUCUGGACAGGACCUUAAAUUUCAGCAAAAGGACUUCCUUCUUUUUGUUGGAUUGGAUCGAUUUUGGUUGGUUUGACAUCUCGGACUUUAAGGCCGUUAAACUUUCUCCAUCCUGUUUGACUUUUGUCCUGCUGCGCUGGAAUUUUAAUCCCCUGUGAAUGCUGAGGUUGGGAGACGACCCUCAAAAGAGAGGAGGUGAAGUGGUGACCAUGUGGAUCCCGACACCCAGCAUGACCCUCACCCAGCGGCUGGUGCUGUACGGGACGUGUGCCGUGGCGCUGAUGAACUCAGUGGGCAUUCUGGUGCUCCUGGUCCAGCAGAAUCAGCAGCACGUCCGGCUGGGGCAGACGGAGGCGAGGCUGACGGAGGUGGAGCAGAGCUCGGUGGUCGAGUUCAUCCAGGAGGUGCCAAGAGGAGCGGCGGGGCUGAGGGCGAGCGUCGGUGGGGAACAGCCGCAGUACCAAUACCAGUACUCCAGGAACAAGAGGAGCGAAGAGCUGGAGAAGGAGCUGCAGCAGGAGAUGCAGGAGAUUCACCUGGAGGACGGAAAGGAGUUCAGCGAGCAGGAGGUCAGCCAAGAGGUCGGAGAGGAAACGGAGAAGAAGAUGAAGCACAAGCACCUACACAGCCAGAGAUACCACAAGGCACACGUGCAAGACGACAUGAUGAUGAUGAUGACUUACUCCAUGGUGCCGAUCAAAUUGUUGAUCGACAUCUGCAACAGCACCAAGGGAGUCUGCAUAGCUGGACCACCAGGACCGCCGGGUUUGCCUGGUGCAGAUGGCAUGCCUGGUCAGAAUGGGACUGAUGGCAUCCCUGGACUGAAUGGAGCGCCCGGGGCUGACGGGAAAAGAGGAAAAAAAGGUCCGCCAGGUGAGAAAGGAGAGCCAGGGGGACAAGGAGAGCGAGGAGAGCCCGGUCCGCCCGGAGAGAUGAGCCAACCAUCCAAUGAUGUCAUUAUUGAGGGUCCUCCUGGCCCAGCAGGGCCUCCUGGACCUAUGGGCCCUCCAGGACCUCCCGGACCUCAGGGACCCCCCAGAACAAGGCACCAAAGAGCCCACCUUCAAGCUGCUCAUACUUUGGGGCUGUUGCACCCAAUUCCCAAUGAUGAAACCUCACAUGUAAAGGAGGCUAUGAAACGUCACGAGAAGCCCGCCAAGAAGAACGAGUGCCUGAUAAAGUCUCUGAUCAACCCCAGGAAUGUGACAAAGAUGGAGAGCACGUUUGGCACAUGGAUGAAAGACACCGCUCAGCUGAACGAUGAGAGAAUAUGGGUGGCAGAACACUUUUCUGGUCGUGUGGUGAAAGAGUAUCAAAGCAUCGCCUCCUUUCAGAGCAACAGCAGCGACAUUGUGGACGUUAGGAAGUUCUACCAAGGCUGCGGCCACACUGUUCACAAUGGUUCCCUCUAUUAUCACAUUGCUGGUACUUCCAGUAUUGCCAGAUUUCACUUCCACACCAAGAGCCUUCGCACUCUCACCAUAGACAACGCUUUGUACCACAACCUCGCCUAUCUGCUCCACAACUCCAAGACCUACUUCAAGCUGGCAGCAGAUGAGAACGGCCUGUGGCUGAUCUUUGCGUCCAGCUUAGAUGAGAGCAUCAUGGUGGCCCAGCUGGACCAGAAAACCUUCUCUGUCACAUCCUACAUCAACACCACCUACCCCCGCACCAAGGCUGGUAACGCCUUCAUCGCAUGUGGAGUCCUGUAUGUCACCGACACCAAGGACAGCAGAGUCACCUUCGCAUUUGACCUGCUGAAGGGAAAGCCGGUCAAUAUGACCUUUGACCUGAGGUCUCCUGGUGGAGUGCUGGCGAUGCUCUCCUAUAGCCCGAAGGACAGACACCUGUAUGUGUGGGACCAGGGAUACGUCAGGCUCUUUGUGGUGCACUUCAUCUCUGAUGAGUGAAAAUCAUGCUGUCUGAACAUGACAGCACACAGACGUGACUAUUAAUUUACAUAUUGAGAACAGAAGGCUUCCUGACUACUGACUUAUCACUCCAUCGUUGGAAAUUAGUCACGUUAAGGUUUUCAGGAGGGACGUAUAUGUUAAAUUUCUAUUGUCCAGUGGGACAUUCCUGUAAAAUGUAAGGUUUUUGUUUAAUAAUAAUAAUUGUGAAACUGCAAAAAAAAAAGUGUACACUGCUGUAUUUAUAUCCAGUUUGCAAUGGAAAUAUGAGAUUUUAGAGUUACUAAUGAUGUGAAAACCAUGUUGUAUGAGCUGACAAUUUACACUAAUUGGAUCUAUAACUCAGUUAUUGUCACCAUCUGUUUUAAGUUGUUGCAUUAUUCAUUGUAUUUGCAUGAGUCACCUUUAAUGUGUUUUGUUUUGGUUUUUUUUUUAUAGAUGUACAUGUCCUCCCCUUCAUUUUUCUGUACAUAUAGACACUCCACCAAUCUUUGUAACGAAGCAGCAUGGCCCUCCGUUUGCUUAUUCCUCAUGACAGAAAAUAACAAUUAAAAAACCAGCGCCAAAUCAUCCUGAUGAAAUAAAAAGAAUUUAUUCACUUUACAAAGGUAAAACUGACCAUGACCUGUUCUCUCACACACCUUCAGGCUCAAGUGCCCUUGUAAGCGUCUACCCAUGAUAUUGGCUUCUUUUGCAUUAUUACAUGCACACGCACAUACACACCAGACACCAGCAGGACCAUUGGUAAAACACUUAAGAUACAUACAGUACACGUAGUGGGCAGAAAGAGGGAGAGAAACACAAAUUUCUUUAAUAAAUACCAUACAUACACUUAACAAAAGUUACAACUAAUCCAACUGGUAUGAUACAAACCAAAAAUAAAGAAAUGCUUUCAUGUUUGUA